GAGAGAGAGAGAGAGAGAGAGAAUGCGGGACUCUUGGAGAAAGACGCAUCUCCACUCGGGCCACCACCACCGACACAUCCAUCCCGGACACAGGAUGCGCAGGAUUACGCCGAAUUGAUGCUGAUGUCGGGAUCUCCCCUUGUAGCUCGGAGAAGAGAGAGAGAGAGAAAGAGAUAGAGAGAGGGAGGGAGAGAGGGAGAGAGAGGCUCUUACUGUGUUUCUCUUCCAAACAGCCUCUGGUGAGAAGAACUCGCACUGAGGAGCAGGGAACACUUGUCUCCUCGUAACUUGCGCGAGGGAAUCCGACGUCUUGGCACGUUGCUCCACUGCGGGAGAGAAGGAAACAAAACGAUACAAGAGCGAAACGCAGCUGGACCCGAAGAUCUGUGUGGUGCAGGAUGGCUUUUCUGAUAUCUCUGUUGCACGAGCAAUCACUGCUGUCGAAGUUGUGAAAGACCCCCCGCGGAGCGCCGGAGGAGAGGGCGCGCAGGAGCGCGUCCCCGGGACCUCGGGCGGCAGUCCGCACAAGGCAAAGCAAGGAUACAUCCGACACCCGCGCUGCAAGGGGAACACACGCCAAGCCACAGAACCAUACGAAGAGGAGACAAGCCGCAGCAGCCCGGACAGGGAGAAGGAGCCAUGCGGGGGCUUGGCGCAGUGCCCCGCUCCGCGGCGCGGCCUCUCGGCCUCGUGCUGUUGCUGCUGCAGCUGCUGACUCAGCCCCCGGGCGCCCACUCGGCCCUCCGGUACCGGGUGGCGGAGGAGGGCCCGCCCGACGUCAAGAUCGGCAACGUGGCCGCCGACCUGGGCCUCACGGCGGGCACGGGCAGCGGGGACGUCACCUUCGCCCUGGAGAGCGGCUCGGAGUUCUUCAGGAUUGACAACGUGACAGGCGAGCUGACCACUGGCCCGCGGCGCAUCGACAGGGAGAAGCUUCCACAGUGCCAGAUGAUAUUCGACGAGAACGAGUGCUUCCUGGACUUCGAGGUGUCGGUGAUAGGGCCACUGCAGAGCUGGGUGGACCUGUUCGAGGGCCGGGUGGUCAUCACGGACAUCAACGACAACACACCUUCGUUCCCCUCGCCUGUGCUCCAGCUCUCAGUCGAGGAAAACCGCCCAAUCGGAACCCUCUACCUGCUGCCCACGGCGACAGACAGAGACUUCGGGCGAAAUGGCAUUGACCGGUAUGAGCUGAUCCAGGAUGGUGGAGCCGGGUCAAGUUCAGCGAGGCGCACGGCAGGAGGAAACCCUAUUGCUCGAGUGGAUGGACUCGGGGACCGGAGGGGAAGAAGUGGAGAUAGUGGAGGAGGAGCCAGGAGCAGUGUGUUCGAACUACAAGUUGCAGACAUACCGGAUGGCGAAAAACAGCCGCAGCUCAUUGUGAAAGGAACAUUGGAUCGUGAGCAAAAGGACUCGUACGAGCUCAUCCUCAGGGUCCGAGAUGGAGGGAACCCGGCGCGCUCCUCCCAAGCCCUGCUUCGUGUUUCCAUCACGGAUGUGAAUGACAACAGCCCACAGUUCGAGAGGUCCACGUAUGAGGCGGAGAUGGCAGAAAAUGCUCCUCCGGGUACACCUGUACUCCAGGUCAGAGCUUCAGACCGCGACAUUGGAGUCAACGGGCAGGUGGAGUACGUCUUCGGGGCUGCCACUGAAUCCGUCAGACGACUCCUGCGACUGGACGAGGCAACCGGAUGGCUGAGCGUUCUUCACAGGAUUGACAGGGAAGAGGUGGCUCAACUGAGGUUCACGGUAACUGCCAGGGACAGGGGUCAGCCUCCCCGCACAGACAGAACCACGGUCGUUUUGGCUGUCCGGGACGAAAAUGACAACGUCCCAGUCGUGGAGAUCCGCAAGAUUGGACGGAUCCCUGUUCGGGAUGGUGCAGCGUUGGUGCCUGAAAAUGUGCUGGUGGACACACCGGUGGCUAUGGUGCAGGUGUCAGACCGAGACCAGGGAGAGAACGGGGCUGUGACGUGUACAGUUGUAGGAGAUGUCCCAUUUACACUGAAGCCAGCUGGUGAAACGGCACUCCCUCCGCUACCUGCAGAUGAAGCCUUCGACAGGAACAAGAAAAAAUACUUCCUACAUACUUCUGCCUUGCUGGACUACGAGGCCACCAAAGAGUACAGUGUAACCAUUGUGGCAGUAGAUUCUGGAAGCCCCAGUCUGUCCAGUAACAGCUCCCUGAUGGUGCGAGUGGUAGAUAUCAACGACCAUGCACCAACCUUUGCCCAGAAUGUUGUGGAGGUUCACUUUGCAGAGAACAACUCACCUGGUGAGAGGGUAGUCACUGUGGUGGCUACAGAUGCAGACAGUGGCAAGAAUGCAGAGAUUGCGUACUCCUUGGACUCCACUGCUAGCGGGCCAUUCUACAUAGAUGCAGAUAAUGGAGAUAUCCGCGCCAAUGGGGUUUUGGACCGUGAGCAGCGGGAGAGGUAUGAACUCCGGGUUAUAGCCAAGGACAAGGGCACCCCCUCCCUGCAAGGCUCCGCGACUGUUGUUGUUCAGGUGACUGACCGCAAUGACAAUGCACCAAAGUUUGUUCAGGAAAUCUUUACAUUCUACGUCAAAGAGAACCUGCUCGCCAACAGCCCGGUUGGCAUGGUCACUGUGACUGACGCUGAUGAGGGCGAGAAUGCAGAGCUCAGUCUGUUUGUGGAGAUGGAUGGUGUUGACUCGAAGAAGGCAGGAGAGAAGAUGGAGGGUGAAGAUGGAGAGAAAGAGCAAGGGGAAGAAGUGUUUUCCAUUGAGAACAACACAGGCACUAUCUUCUCCUCUGCAUCGUUUGACCGUGAAAAGCUUUCCACCUACACCUUCCGUGUGCGAGCUGUGGAUGGAGGGGAGCCACGCAAGACUGCCACCGCCACUGUCUCGCUCUUUGUGACAGAUGAAAAUGACAACGCCCCCUCAAUCACCUCUCCGGCCAAUGAGUCUUACACCCUUCUUCCACCAGCCAGCAGUGCCCGCACCAUAGUCAGAACUGUAACUGCCAUCGACUCAGACACAGGCCCAAAUGCCGACCUUCACUAUGCCCUAGUGGGAGGAAAUCCCUUCAGACUGUUUGAGAUCGGUCACACCAAUGGAGUGAUCACACUGGCAGAACCCCUGGAGCGGCGCCACAGAGGUCUGCAUCGCCUGGUGGUCCGGGUCAACGACAGUGGUGCCCCCUCUCUCUGCGCAACUGCCCUGGUUCAUGUCUUCAUUAACGAGAGCUUGGCCAACGCCACCCUUGUGGAGGCACAGGUGGCCCGCAGCCUGAUGUCUCCACUGUCAAUGGACAUUGCUGGGGACCCAGACAGUGAGCGUGCAUUAGGGAAACAGCGCCUCAGUGUAGCUAUUGGUGUCCUGGCCGGAGCCGCAGCGGUCAUCUUAGUGAUUCUCCUUGUAGUUACAGCUCGGCAAUGCGGUGCUCAGGGCAAGAAUGGCUACGAGGCCGGUAAGAAGGAGCCAGAGGAAGACUUCUUCAGUCCUCCAGGAGCUCAACCGCAUGUCGGCCGUGGUGGAGGAUCAGACCGUGGACGCAAACCUCGACGGGACAAACGUAACGGAAGCGGAGGUGGUGCGGCUGCAGCAGGAGGGAAGUCAGACAGGUCGCUCUACAGCGGUAUCGUCACAGUCAACGGACUGCGUCGCCAUGCCAAUGAUGACGAUGACGAGGAUUUGAGUAGUGCUAGUGAGCGCCUGGCCGCCCGCUACUGUGCUGUGGAGGGUGACCCUGGCAGCCCACGGAUGGGUGGUGGCAGGAGGCACCAAUCGAGCCCAGAUCUCGCCAGGCACUACAAAUCCAGCUCACCUCUCCCUGCAGUGAACCUGCAGCCCCACUCCCCCCCGGCUGAAGGAAAGAAGCACCAGGCGGUCCAGGAGCUGCCUCCCUCCAACACCUUUGUGGGCAGUGGAGGUUGCGUGGGCAGCGCCGGCUCCAGCAGCAGCAGUAGUGGGGGCAGUGGCAAUGCAGAUGCCAUGUCCCUGGGAUCUGACCAGUGCUCAGAGUAUGGCUGCCAGACUGGGAACAAGUACAGCAAACAGGGGACCCUUCGACGGGUGACCUUCUCCGUAGUCAGCCAGCCCCAGGACGGCGGUUGCUAUGACAGUGGCCUGGAGGACUCGGAGACGCCGAGCAGCAAGAGUUCGUCAGGGCCACGGCUGGGAGCCCUGCCGCUGCCCGAGGAAGGCUACGAGCGGACCACACCAGAGGGCAGUGUGGGGGAGGAGGAGCAUGUGGAAAAUGAUGCCAGACAGCUGCCAGACGUCGCUCUGACGGGAAAGUGCACCAGGGAGUGUGAUGAAUUUGGCCACUCUGACACUUGUUGGAUGCCCGUCCGCCAUUCUCCUCGCCAGCGCCAACGUCACGGCAGCGACCCCCCGCGGCUCUCCACCUUCGCCCCCGGGGACGACAACAACAAUCUCCGCGGUAACGACCAUGAGAGUGACAGCGAGAGUGCCGGCAGCGCAGGGAGCUCGGAACCCGGCGUGGUCGUCAGCGGAGAAGGUCAGAGAUUACCGAUAGCCAACGGGGAUCCUCUCGGCACCCUGGGCAGGGGAGACCGCAACAGGAACAUGGGCGAUCACAACCGUAACCUACUGAACCGCAAGAUGACUUCGGCAUCCUACGACACGUUUAGCAGCGCAGGCUUCGGGAGGCGCCAGCAGGAGGAGGAAGGAGGAGAAAGCCAGAACCCACCGGAGGUCAUACCACUUACGCGAACAGGAGGGGACUACAAGACCACGUCCUGUCUCACACUGUCACGCCGCGAGGUCUACCUGUGACAGCCUCGCAAUGGAGCACAACUCCCUGCUCUGCAAGAGGGGGAGGGUCAGGACUUGACUGGCAAGUCAUCAGUUUGGAGGGCCUUUUAAACCUGUGAAGAUGUGAAAAUGUCAGGCAAGAUGUUUUCCAGAAGCUGCGUAUGAAAUUGGAACUUUUGGACUCUGGCUAAUAUUUAUAGGCACUUAAUCUAAAGCAAGGGACGGAUCAAUCCUUCAGCGAGCUCUGACCACGAGUACUUUUUUUUAAAAGUGUUGUUUUUUAAAACUACCAGUGAUAGUUGCCUCCAGGCAAAGAUCCUGUUAUGUCCUUGUGGAGGAGGACAGCUUCAUCUCCUCUUUUUACCUGAAUCUAAUGCAUGCCUGACCCUCUGCCACAGAGGGGAUCUGUGUGAAGACGAAGGAGAUUGAAACUGAGUGAAUCGUGAUGUUAGACCGGCCUCGGUACAUAUAAAGACUUUCUCUGGGGCUAUAGCAGACCAGAUUUGGACUCAACUGAUGAACCAUCUUCUGAAAAACCACUGAGGUCUUAACCAGUCAGAACGGAUGAAAAGAUGUAGUGGGUCUUUGCUCGGGUGAUUUGGAUGAAAUUGAACUUUCUAUUGCCCAAACUACUCUAUUGUAACCCAAGAUGGGAAUAUUACCAACCAAUGAAACUAGUAACACAGUGAGUCAUAAACUGAGCAUCAAAGUACCAACGGAAGCGUGGUCGCUGUACAGUUACACAGUAGGAAAAAAAAAAGUGCUGAUCUAAAAUAUCAGGUACUGUUCUUUAAAAAACAACUCUUCUUUUUUACAGUAAUCAUAUGAAAUCAUUCAGAAUUCAAGGUUCUCACCGGUUGUCAGCUGUGCCACAGUUUCUCUGGCUUGUGUGCAAAAUUUGUGUUCAUUAUUUUUGCCUUCACGUCCAGUAUGUAUAUAUUGUAUGUGUGUAUUUGAUGAAACAGCAGUGUUCUCUCUGCUGCUAUCCGCCAUUUCAGAGUAGACUGAGGUGCUGGGUCCACGACACACCUACAGCAUCCGAGCAGUGUUUAUGUAUCAUUAAAUGUUCUUUCAGACACACGCACACACAUAUACACAUGCACGCAUGCACGCACUUACACAUACAGACCUUAGCAUGUUAACACAAACUCAAACAGAGCAUUUACAGAAUGUCAACAUGCAUCAGGCCACAGUUUAUGACGAUAUUCAGUGGCAGUGUAACAUAAAGUAUAUAAUAACUUGCAUUAACUUUCAUACAGAAAACAGUAAGCGCACACACACACACACACACACUCACAAACACUCUCUUUCUCUCUCUCUAACAUACACACAGACGCAUAUUAAAACACAAGUAGAAACACAAAUCCAAAUUAAGAAGUGUGCAAUGCGCAAAAUUCAUAUGCACUAAGUGUGUAUGUCUUAUUCAUCAUUUUUUAACAUAUUUGCUCUCAUUGAACUAGCUGUAGCAUUUUGCCUGCUCCUCUCCAGACAGUAUUUAAUCAUGAAAUGUAUUUAAAUAAUUCUUCAUUUUUCUGACUGAUGUCUGGGGCAACAUCAAAGGGAAUUUCAAUGACAUCUACUGUAUGUAAUGAUAAAUAAUGUGGGAGUAUGAAACCUUCCGCAUACUGUAAGUAGGACUCAUAGGAAAACCAAAUUUCUGUAGUUUCUGUUAGGAAAAAAAAAAGGAAAAAGAAAAGACUCUGCAUGAAAGGAAGAUGAUGCUAACCUUUUUUUCCCUCUCUUUUUGAAACCACACGCCUUUCUGGCAUACGAUGCCUCUUUGGACACAUCUGUACUAAACGUGUGUGCUAAUGGGGAAAUGGGAGAUAAUGACCGCAACAGGGGAGUUAGCUUCAGUGAAAUCGACUGUCGCUUCUUUAUCGCAGAGCAAGUUUGGUCGGGCUCUUCUCUCAGUUUCCAGUGCCCAGAGUUUGCACAGAGGGUGCCACAGGCUGUAGCCCCAAAAAGAAAGAAUACAAUGUAGUGGGAGUGCAGAGUGCCGCGACCCUCUUCACCGCACAGUGCCGACCUCAACACGCCCAUACUGCUGUGCUGAACCGUGCAGAUAACAAACUCCUUCCCAUUUGUGCUCUCCAGCAGCUACUGCACGACCCCAGACACACUCGGCCGCACUGGGCUGAGGAGUGGGCGUGGAUCGAGGCCAGCACAUCUUAAUUCUCAUCAUCAGUGUGUGGUUCAGCGGUGUGAUAGGGGAUAAUAGGGUUAGGUCGUCCCUGUGGUCUUAAUGAGUUUCCUUUCUCCUCUCGCCACCUCCCUGGAUCUGCGCAGAUCUCAUUAAUGAUUGGAUAGGCGAUUGUAACACCGAUGGAAAUUGCUGUAAGUGUGUCUUCGUUUUUCCGGGUGUUUUGGAUCAGAUGGGGCGAAAAGAGACUUGUACUGCAAUUUAGUCCAUAGGCGCUCGUUAGAGCUUAAGAGUCAGAAACAAGAACAACACUCAGGUAAGAUGCACAAUAGUGUUUUAAUCUGCUAAACUACUUCUACACUGUUGCUGCUUGAGCCUCCCCUCACCAGUAUGUGGAAACAGUAAAGUAGUAAGUAUCAUGACUCAUCCUUUGAUUUGUCAGUGGAAAUCAGGCCGGGGAAGGGGUGUAGUCAUUCGUGUGAUUACAAUUUGUAUACCUGCAUAUACCUUCAACUUUAUUACUCUGUAGCUUGUUCUGGGUCACUGAUGUACUUACUCCCUAAGCCUUCAUUACCCCUAAUUCCCCCAACAUGGCUGUUUACUGAGCUCUGUUAUCGAUGGACUGUGCUGAAGAUGAAAUGAAAUAUACGGAGUUACUGUUCAUGUUGAAAGGGGAUUUGUGAGAACAAUCACAAUACCCUGCAGGCUACAUACACUGAGACGGGUGCGCAUUCCCUCGGGAUAAACGUGUCUUAAUCCCUUGGACGCCGGAAAGGUCUUGAAGAACUAAUUUCCAGUCGGUGAGUUGUGGAAAAAGAGACUCUGGACACGGCCUCUCCUCAUCACACUGGCAGAUAUUUCCUCAAACUGCUGUUUUAUGGCAGUUCCAUGAUGGCGCCUUUCUAACUCCCCAAUCUGGAUUUGAGGGAACUCGCUGUACAAGAAUUUUGUGUGCGUGUGUAUCUUUUUUUUUAUACUGCACGUUUAAACAUGGAUAUGUUUCAAUCUACUGCAAAACAGAGAGGGGAGACAGACAAGAGGAAGCGUGUUAACGUCUGAGAUCGGUCACCCAGUAAUCAAGACAUUUUGUAAAAAAGAGACGCUUCAGCGGACAUCAUUUACCUGUCUUCCCCCCUCGUGCUGUUCUCCUUAUAGCCAUGUACAGAUAAAACUACACUGUAGAACAUACGACUCGAAUCCAUAACAGACAAUGGCAUGCUUAAGGUCUUAAAAUCUGCACUUGAGAAAAAGAAAAUGAGAAAAAAAAAAGAAGUUAUUUUUAUUUUCCUCUACUUUGUUUUCUUUUCUUAUGGGGCUGGCUCUGUUGUUUUUUUUGCUGCUCCCUUCCUGUAAUUACAUAAUGAACUAAUUGCAUUUGCUAUGAGGAGGAAGAGGAGGAGCUGUCGAUGAAGGGUUUGGUAUGAAGAUGAAUCAUGUAAAAGUUUGACUUUGACAUUAAAAACUUCAAACACU